UUCCUGCUCCUCUCCAAGUCGUUCGUCAUCAACUUCCAGUCAGCAACGGUUUCCAUUUUGUACAUUUUCCAAGAAGUAUGGCCGACGCCUUUAUUGAGAGUUUGAUCAGUAAUGCGUCUGGAUCCAUGGGAUCGCCAGCAACGUCAUUGGAUCGUCAAGAACUGGAUGCACUACUAGAUGCCAUUGAUCGCAAAACGGAUUCUUUGGAACACAUGCUCUUUGACACCGUCAAAAGCUCCUCCAAUAUCUUCCUCAACUCCUGGAAUAAUGCCCAUUCGACAAAAUCCGAAGUUGAAGUGUUACUACAGGAUUUAGAGUCUCUCCAACGCGAAGUAUACAACGAUGAAGACGGCAUCCAAAUAGUAGUGAAGUCAUCGCUUGCAGAAUAUAACACUAUCGUGGAUAAAGUAGCAAGCAACCAAAACGUGAUUGAUUCACUAGAACUUUUGGUACCUAUCGUCAACCAGCUAAAAUCAGUCGAGUCCCAAUUGCGAGCCGGCCACCUCAUCCAGACACAAAAGCAACUUGAGGAACUCGAAACCACAGUCGCUGAACGAUUUGGUAGCGGACAAUGGAAUCGAGUCAAUGCAGCUCACGUCAUUCGAAAGCAAAUGCAGACCGUAAGGACGCACUUGCUGGAAGCGCUAGAAAAUUGCAUAAAGAAGAAUGUAACGCUCAGUAUUCAACCUCGGUCAGUCGACGAACCUUCAGCUGCCAUUGACACCAUUCAAAUGAAGGUCAACUAUCAGUUUAAGUCACUAGAUGAUUCUGGGACUGAAUCUGACCUGGCGAUAACUCUUUCGCAAGUCUUCACCUGCAUAUCGGAUUUAGGCUCUCUAGAGUCGUAUAUGGCGCCUCUCAAAAAGAAUGUAUAUCGUAAUGUCAUUGUACCUUUACUAGAAGCACCAGAUCGCGAUUGGGUAGUUCAGGUUCACCAGGAUAGCAUUGGAAGCGCAACGUUGGAUAUCAAGGCAAACCGAGCCAAAGGCGAAAGUGGUGACGAAGAUGAAGUAGAUCCACUUCGCUCUGUUCAAAACGCUAAUACCGUAUUCGAUUUCUUCUACAAUUAUAUGUUUGGACAAAGCGUUCAACCUAAAGAACAAAACUUAUUAUUUGGAAACUUGAUAGUUCCGGACACUUUUGAGCUAUUGAAAAAGUACACACUACAGCCAUCCAUUCCAUCUACUACACCAAAACUAAACAGCUAUACGGAGAUCGCAAACAGUGUUCGAACGUUGGAGGAUAAGUUGAUACAAUACAAUUUUAUGGCAAAUAAGGACACUGCUUCGCUCAGCCAGUUUGUCAACAACAUUGAUCGUUACUUUUCACUAAAGCUCAAAGGAAAGAUUCUGGUCAAUGCUCGCAGAGUUAUGCUACGAAAGAUCUACGAUGCAGAACCUGCCGACGAUUUAGGAGAUGGGUCACAGAGUACUUUUGUUACGCAAACACCAAGAUUAUUGCUGGUCCUUAUUCAAGAUACUAUUGAUACAGCCCAGCAGAUUGCAGAGCAGCAUCCAACAUCUUCCGCCGAACUUUGGAACGCUAUCAAUGAAUUGGUCGAUAUGUAUCGAGCGCUUAUGCCUACUUUCCAUGGCGAAGCUUACACCAGCGACUAUAGUACGGCGAUGCUGUUCAGGAAUGAUUGCUAUUGGUUAGCAUCGCAUCUUACCAAAUCGCAAAGUGUGAAUGCAACAAACUCGCAACCAUUGGAAAUAUCAGCACAGAAGCUUCGACAGCUUGGCGGUAUAUGGUACGAACUGACGGUUAGACGCAUUGUGUCACAAGUCAAUCAUGUUCUUGAUCGCACGGAAGGAUUCCGCAAUGUUACUCCAGAUCCAAGAAUGGCGGAAAGAACCGGCCAAGCAGUGACUGACGCUGUGGACUUGACUUUGCGCUUUUCUGCCAUGAUUCAAGGCGUACUAAGUGACGACUUGUUCAUCCAAACCAUUACAUUGAUCUCCGAUGAAAUCAUUCAUAGAUUGAUAUCAGACAUUGAAGAGAUGCAUGACAUAGGAGAUGAGGAGUCCCAUAUCAUUGCAAGGUGUUUGAACAGCAUCAUGAGCCUCAUUGAUGCCUUUUCGAGACCCGGCCAACCAGAUGCCACGGAUUCCUUCGUAGCAAGUCAUGUCAAGGAUUGGAAGAAAUUCUGGACGUUACGGACUAUGCUCGAAAUGAGCUUCAGAGACAUCAUGGAAUUAUUCCGCAACGGCGAGCUACAAUCUUUUGAGACGAAGGAGCUCUGUGACUUCUUAUGCUCCCUAUUCGCUGAUACAGAACUUCGCACCACCAACUUGCAAGAGAUCCAACGGGGAUACCAACCACAGAAGCAUAUCACGUCAUUUAACCAACCACCGGCUUCUUCUCACAGCAAUUUGCAUCCAAGUAAUCAAUUACAAAGUAAGACGGCAUGGGAGCCAUUCGAUGAUACGACAAUGCAAGAUCAAGCUGAAGAUGAUGGUGGAUGGGAACCAUUCGAUGACCAUGCAGCGUCCGAUAAUGAAGGAUGGGAGCCUUUCGAUGAACAACCGAACCCCAAACAAGCGCCUGAUGAUCACGUUGUUGAAAAUACUGGUUCUGAUGUAGGAAAGCGUUCGUCUGAUCAACAAUUAGGCACUGCAUAUACACAAACAGAGGGAUGGAACUUGUCAGACCAAGAACAAGAUGGUGACCAUGCAUCUAACGAUGGAUGGAAUUUGUCUGAUCAGGAAGAAGAACCAUAUGUUGCACCUACCGAAGAGCCAGAGUUGCACAAUCAGCAACAUGAAGUCGAUGAUGCUCCUCCAGCUGAAGAAUGGAAAACGUCUGAAAGUAAAGCAGAAAUGGAUCAAGCAUCCAAUGAAGAACUGGAGCUACCCGAAGAUUCACAAGCAGAAGGCUGGAACUUAUCAGACAACGACGAAGAGUUGGAAUAUACUUCUAAUGAAGGAUUGAUCUUACCUGAUCAGCCACAAGCAGCUGAUGACACACAUAAAGAAGAGUGGAAUACGUCAGACCAUGAACAAGAAUUGGACGAUGCAUCGAACGAUGGAUUGAUCCUGCCUAGCCAACAACAAUCAAGUGCUGAUGUACCAACAGAAGGGUGGAAUAUGUCCGACCAUGAAGAGGAAGUAGAAGAUGCACCUGCAGAAGGAUGGGACUUGUCAGACCAGGAGCAAGAAACGCAUCAUUCACCACCUGCAGGCCAAUGGGAGCCAUAUGAUGCACAUAUCGAUAAGCAGGCAAGGAUAGAUGCAAACGAUGCUCAUCUGAAGAGAAUACCGGCGGUUGAAGCUGCUUCACAGCCUCAUCACCAAGAAGAUGAAUCUUUAUGGGAACCUAUGGAUGAUCCAAACUCAGAAGAUCCAAACCACGAAGGUAAGCAGACCAGAGGAAAUGACAUUGAACUACCCUUUGACCGUAUGACUCUAACUGCAUGUUUUGUUUUCAAUGAAGGCUGGGAAGCUUUUGAUGACGAAGUGGCGAUAGAUACUGAACCCCUUCAUACAUCCAAUAAUCAGAUAAUUGACUCAAGGCACCAUAACGAAUCACCAUUCGCAAGUGUGCUAGAUCAACUAAGUGACAAGCCAGCGCCGCCAAAACGGACCGAUUCAAAUGAAGACAAUAAGCGGGGAGAUUCGUUUGCUAACUUGUUCGGCGAGAUGACUGGAAGAGCCUCGUCUCCCAAGCAAGACCAUCAAAUCCCUAGAUUUGGAUCCCCAUCGAUCGAGAGCUCAUUCAGUAGUCUCUUUGGUAACAUCAUCGGAGCGACCCCGUCACCAAAGCCUGAGCAACAAACAGCGAAGCAAUCAUCGUCUGGACUCGGGCUGCCUUCUUUGGAUGCUUUUGGAUAUGCCUCCAACCGAAUUGCAGGCGAGUUCACUAAUGUUGUUGGUAGUAUGAUCGGAGCUAGCUCUCGGCCAGCGCAGACCCACAACGCUGCAUCGCCAGACAGACCUUCAACACCACUCCACUUUGAGUCAGACAGUAGUAAACCUGUGCUAGACCAUCCAAAGCCUAAAAGCAAACUCGACUUUGUACCACAAAAUACGGGUGACGAACAGGCUGGUGAAGAAGAAGGUGGUUGGGAGGACUGGUGAAAGAUAGCACACACUUAAUAUAUAGCUACAAUAUAUACCAUUCAUAAACAGAUAUUAUCCCAAAAUUAUUCAGUCAAAGAGUAAGAUGCUUUAUCUUUUUCCAAUUGAAAUUACAGCAUGGGGGUUAUGUACAACAAGUUAUCUUUUUUUUUGGCUUUCUUUUUUACUUUGCAAGAUCACGCACUAUUUUCUUUGCUUUCCUUUCAUCUUGGCUGAGCAAUUAUCGCAAUACCAUUUA